AUGCACGCCGCUCUCAGAAUCCCCGAAGUGGUUUCCAUUAUCUGCGACUACAUAGCAGGUCUGGAGUACCACCCUUGGCGACAUCGUGGGCUGGUUGACUUUGCGUUGACAUGCCGGUCGUUCCUCGAACCCAGUCUUAAGGCGCUAUGGGAGGAACUACCGAGCAUUGUACCGCUGUUCUUCUGCCUCCCGUCCGACAUUUAUAAGAUCACACCUGUCGAAGGCAGAGCUGGCGCUCCAAAGCGACGGCUGAUAGAACUCCUCCGGGUUCCCACUCCCGACGAAUGGACACGCGUCCUGCAUCACGCUCCCAGAGUGAGAUACGUGAAUGACGCAGGCGCAGAUCCCUAUCCGUACGACAUUGCGCACGAGUCCAUCGAGGCUCUCGCCUUGUCAUUCCCGGGGAGCGUCUUAUUCCCUAACGCCCGCACGGUUAACGUUAGGGAGUCGAUGUUCGAAGCGUCCAUCGCCUUUACUCGCCUUCUCAUCAGCUCGUCCUUGAACGAGAUUGCCUUUGACUGGAACGCUAAGCGCAGCCCGCUGGAAACCGCGUCCGUCGUCUCACUCCUCGGAGCCAGAUGCAAGCCCACCGUCGUCAAACUUGGCCAGUAUGGCUCCUCCACUGUCAUUUCUAUGGAUUUCAUAAACAUCCUGCACUCUGUCCUCUCGGAAUGGCCGCAACUUGAGGAGCUCUACGUGCCGUGCAUGUUAACGAAGACGCUGCGCCGCAUUGCAUCGUAUCCUAACCUGGAAAAACUGGACGUCAGCACUUUCGCGAUGCGGCUUCAAUGUCUGCUUGGAGAACUCCAUCCAGUGGAUGAUAUAGAGGAUGGGUUCCCCGCGCUACGAUCCCUCUCGAUGAUGAACGUAUCCCCGGAAUACGCCGACUGGGCGCUGAGCAUGAUGUCUCGCAGCCCCGUCAAAUCCCUGACCCUCUACAUUGACGCGCCCGCGCCUGUGCAGAAGUGGCGGCCCAUCUUCCAUCGCGUCAGCGCCUGGGCGAACCGGCAAAAUGGCCCAACAGACCUUACCUUCAGCGAGUAUGAGCUGCGAACCCGCCAGGAGCUAGCAGAGAGCGAGGAGAUGCUGGAACCAAUCACCCUGGAUGACCUCGAGCCGCUUUUCAGCCUGCGGAACGUCACCACACUCACCCUCGAGAUACAAUGGCUGAUGAUCAGCGACGACAUGCUGGCCAAAAUAGCGACGACCUGGCCGACGCUGGAGAGCCUCUACUUCGAAGAUGUCAACCCCAAGCUCGACGGCGCUCAUCUAACCCUAGCCGGCCUGGCCAUUCUCCCGCGUAUGUGCCCCCGGAUAAGAAACCUUGGAACUCUCCCUCUCGACACCUCCGAUGUGCCCUCCGAACCCUACGGGUCUCUGCCCGCGGGUGGCAUGGUCUGCCCAUUGGUCGAAUCCUUCGGCGUCGCGAGCUUGCCAGCACCGCAAAAUCCAGGAUCGGUCGCGCGGUUCUUGUCCUUCAUAUUCCCCAAUCUGAACAAGAUACACGCGUUCGCUCAGGACCGCGACUCUUGGAAGAUGGUGGAGGACUUGCUGCCACAUAUGCGGCAGGCUCGGCUGGAGGGCUAUGUGUUUGGACACGCGAUGGCGCUGGCGGGCAUACCGCCUCCUGAGAACAAGAGGCCGAAGGAGUAG